UCAAUUUCUGCUCCGUUCUCCGUAGUCUCCAAUCGAACAUGGCGGGCGCGAUGUUAUUCGAGCGAUCCAUUUCACAACAAAGUAGUCAAGAUUUACUCAAAAUUCCUCACAAUGACCCUAGUGAUGACGGUAAUGAAGAACAGAUUCGUGCGAAAGAACAGGGAAUACUUCAACUCGGCGAGAAAUACAAAAAUGAAGGUAAAGCUAAAGAACUUGCAGAGCUCAUCAAGCAGACGAGACCCUUUCUCAGCAUGAUAAGUAAAGCUAAAGCUGCUAAAUUAGUGCGAUCUUUGGUUGAUUUCUUUCUUGAUUUAGAAGCUGGAAUUGGAAUUGAGGUGCAGUUGUGCAAGGAGUGCAUUGAAUGGGCUAAAGAAGAACGAAGGACUUUCCUCAGGCAGUCCCUGGAAGCUAGGCUCAUUGCUUUGUAUUUCGACACAGGCAUGUACACUGAGGCGUUGCAGUUAGGUUCUACAUUGCUUAAAGAGCUUAAGAAACUUGAUGACAAAAACUUGCUUGUUGAAGUUUUAUUACUUGAAAGCAAGACAUACCAUGCUCUCAGCAAUCUGUCUAAAGCAAGAGCUGCUCUUACCUCUGCCCGAACUACAGCCAACUCCAUUUACUGCCCACCUAAGAUGCAAUCAGCUUUAGAUUUACAAUCAGGAAUCCUUCAUGCAGCAGACGAACAGGACUUCAAAACAGCCUACUCAUACUUUUACGAAGCAUUUGAAGGCUAUGACAGCAUUGAGUCUCCCAAAGCGUUGACAGCCCUCAAAUACAUGUUGCUGUCAAAAAUCAUGCUGAACACUCCAGAAGAUGUACAGCAAAUCAUCAGUGGUAAGCUGGCCGUGAAAUAUGCUGGUAAAGAUAUUGAAGCUAUGAAGAGUGUGGCCCAAGCAAGUCACAAAAGGUCAUUAGCAGAUUUUCAACUUACUCUAAAGAACUUCAAGAAAGAAUUAGAAGAAGAUGUCAUCGUUCGAGCUCACUUGGGAACACUAUACGACAAAAUGCUGGAGCAAAAUCUGUGCCGUAUAAUAGAGCCAUACUCCCGUGUGCAAGUUGAUUUUGUGGCUCAGUCCAUCAAACUACCCAAGCUGCAAGUAGAAAAGAAGCUUUCACAGAUGAUUUUGGACAAGAAGUUCAACGGAAUCCUAGAUCAAGGUGAGGGUGUGCUUAUAGUCUUUGAAGAAACAGUUGUGGACAAAACCUAUGAAAUGGCUCUAGAAACCAUCAAUAGUAUGGGAAAGGUUGUAGACACUUUGUAUCAAAAGGCAAAGAAGUUAUCAUAAGUAUCGGUUCAAAGUGUGUAUCUAGUUCUUUUUUUUAUUUAAUAAGGUUUGGACUAUGUUUUCUUAAUUAUAUUAACACUAAGUUAUGGCAUGUUAUUUGUAAAUUGGUAUAGUUCAAAAUAAAAACCCAAAUUAAUGUAAACAAA